UUUAGAGUUAGGUUACUAGUUUUUGUGACACGUUCAAUAGACGAAUGGGGAGUCAAGUAGGCUGCUAAUGGAUCAAUGCUAUACUUACCCCGACAAAAUUGGAGAAUUAGAAGUCGAUAACGAUGGAAAAAUUGCAAAAAUGAAAUGGAAACCCCCGGAUAUUGUCCCUACACAUUACAUAUUAGAAUGGUGGACUCUUGAAAAAAGCGAAAACAAAAAACAGAUAAAAAUAACUGAUACAAUGUACUAUUUCACUGAUAUAAGAUCAAGCAUUGAAGCUAGAGUUGCGGCAGCAAAUAGAGACAGCAAAGGCGAAUAUUCAGAAACUGUGACUAUACAUGCGGCACCUCAAGCUCCUGUUCGUAUAACAGCUGAAAACACUCUGCAAUAUUCUGACCCAGCAAUUCUAGUAAAAUUCGAUCCGGCAGAUGACGCCCAAGACCAAACAGUGUACCAUAUAACCGUAGUUAACAUAAGAGGCGAAGAGGACAAGCAGGAGAAAACAAUUCGGGGAUCUGCGACUAUUAUUCAGGGUAUCAAACCAUGUGAAAUGUAUCAAAUUGCUGUAACUGCAAAAAGAAAUGGUCUGACGAGCCCACCUUGUGUCCUUGCACAUCCGUUAUUAACAGUUCCGGGAGAAAUACAAGAUAUCAAGACGGAAAAAAUAAAAGCAAAAACCUAUCGCAUUGAUUGGCGAAACACGAUCGGUGUCGAAAAGUACGUCGUUCAAUACCGCGAAGAGCACGAAGCGUUUAAAACCAUUGAAAGCAAUAUCAAUGAAAUCUAUCUUCGAGAUCUCAAGGAUGAUACUCGAUAUGAAUUCAGAGUUUUAGCUCAAAAUGACUCGGGAAAAGGGCCGUUCUCAAGAAUAUCAAGCCUCUGGACAGGUAACUAA